AUGGCUUUGCUACAGUAUGGUAUUAAAAGUUUAACCAUGGAUCCCAAGGGGAAUUUGAUUCGACAGUGGCUGUCUGUGGAUGGUUUUCUAGGUGUUGUUUCGAAAGAGCUGAACCUCUCUCAGAACCCGCCGCUCGGCCCGUGGAAAAUUGUAGCUGGAAUCAAUGAUGUUGUACAUGAGAGAGUGUUCACUGUGGACUACUAUGUGCUGCCUAAAUUCGAAGUGAAGGUGGACGUCCCCUCCGUCCUGCAUUAUGAAGACAUACUGACCGGGAUGGUCACAGCCAAGUAUUUUUAUGGGAAGCCCGUCAGUGGAAUGAUGUCUGUCACAUAUGUCCACUUUUUCGAUGGCCUUGAGAAGCGUUACCAACUUAAAGAAACAAUUGACGGUUCUGCUGCUUUCACAUUUGAUGUGUCGAACUCCAAACGGUUAGGUGACUACAUAUAUUCCUAUUACGAUGAAUAUGGGCCCAGUGAAUAUGUCGACAUUAUCGUGAAUGUCACAGAUGCUACAGGGUUAACCUACAACAGCAGCGCGAGGGUUUCUUUUGUGAAGAAUAAAUAUAUUCUGGAAUUUCUGCAGCAUCCACAGAUCAUAAAACCCUCCAUGACCUUCACUGCUCAGCUGAAGUUAAGCACCUAUGACAGCCGGCCGCUGUCAGCUGAAGAGCAGAGCAGAAGCGUGCGGCUGGCGGUGACCCAGAACAAGUUCAGCCCCUGGACGUGGACGUGGAACAGCGAAGAAUCCCCAGAGCCUCGCACAACAAACGACAAACCAACGACCAGCUUCUCUCCCAUUUACGAUAUUCCACCCCUGGACCCUCGCACAACAAACGACAAACCAACGACCAGCUUCUCUCCCAUUUACGAUAUUCCAGUCGAAAAUAUGGAUCUUCCUGUUACUGCUGAUGGUGUGAUGUCUUUCCAGAUUCACCUCUCUGACAGCAUUGCCACACUUGAUAUAGAGGCCCGGUUUGAAGACACAGUCCAGCGUCUUCAGCUCUACAGGAGUUAUUCUUCACCGAGCAGAUCCUACAUACAGCUUCACAGAGACAGUGAGCCUCAGGUUGGACAGCCGCUGGUUUUGACUUUGGAGAGCAAUUUUAACCUGACAGAAUUUCACUACCUCGUGAUGUCCCGCGGUCGGGUGGUGGAUGCUGGGACGGUACAUUCCUCCUCCUUCAGUCUGAACACAGAUCACUCUUGGACUCCAGUGGCUUGUGUGGUGGUGUACCACACGCUUCCAGAUGGAGAGAUCGUGAAUGAUGCUCUGCAAGUUACUUUCACUCAAGUCCUGAGAAACACGGUAUCUCUGAGCUGGAGUCAGGAUCGUGCCGAACCAGCAGAUUCCGUCUCUCUCUCCGUGUCUGUAUCCGAGCCCGGAUCUCUGCUGGGAAUUCUGGUGGUGGACAAAGCAGCAUUGGACUCCAGCAAAGACAAUGGCAUCACAGAGAAGACGGUGCUGGAGGAAUUCAUGUCGUAUAGCAGAGAGAUGACCCAUGCGGAUUACAGCAGCGUAAAAUUGGGAGAUCCGUAUUAUAUAUUCAUGACGUGCGGCGUCACGGUUCUGACCGAUGCCAAGCUGGAUCAGGAAAGGAGUCAAAUAUUCUUUGCGUUCCGGCCGGAAAUCCUUAUGAAUCAGCAGGAUAGCGGUGGUUUUCAGGAGCCCAGAAAGCGAACAGACUUUCCUGAAACCUGGAUCUGGCUGGAUGCUAAUGUGAGUAAUUCUGCCUUGGAUUCCUUCCAGUUCACCGUGCCGGACAGCUUGACCUCCUGGGUGGCCUUUGCCAUCGUGAUGUCAGAGAAUCUGGGUUUGGGCAUCAGCGCUCCUGCAGAGUUGACUGUGUUCCAAGAUUUCUUCGUGUCACUGAAUCUCCCGGCGUUCCUGAUCCGUGGGGAACUGCUACUGCUGGAAGUCAAUUUAUUCAACUAUAUGGAUGUAGAUAUGGAGGUGAUGGUUGUGGUUGCAGAAAGUUGGAUGUUUGAGUUUGUGUCACCAGACAAUGGAGGAUUUUCCUUGGACAACGUGAGGAAAGCCUUAGUGUCGAGUCAGAACAUCACAUCGCUUCUGUUCCCCAUCAGAGCCACAGCGCUGGGAGAGAUUCCCAUCUCCGUCAAAGCCACGUCUGUCUACUCUUCAGACUGGGUCUACAAGACGGUUCUUGUCAAGCCAGAGGGACUGGAGCAAUCAUACUCUCAAACCUUGUUUCUGGAGUUUCAACUGAAGCAGAACAUGCUGACUAGGACAAUGUCGUUUAGUUUUCCUGCAAAUGUGGUUCCUGACAGUCAAAGGGCCAGUGUGUCUGCUGUGGGUGACAUUCUGGGCCCAUCCAUUGGCAAUCUGGACUCUCUCAUUGAGAUGCCUUAUGGUUGUGGAGAGCAGAACAUGAUCCAUUUUGCUCCAAAUAUUUAUGUUCUCCAGUACAUGAGAAUCACCAAGCAGACUGAUGAACAGACCAGAAACAAAGCUAUGAGCUACAUGAUGGAAGCUUAUGAACGUGAGCUUUCCUACCAAAGGCUUGAUGGCUCCUUCAGUGCUUUUGGAGACAGUGAUGAUUCUGGCAGCACAUGGCUGUCAGCGUUCGUGCUCAGGUGUUUCCUCCAGGCUCAGGACUUAAUUUCCAUCGACCCGAUGGUGAUGCAGAGGAUAGCAUAUUGGCUACUGGCUCAUCAGAACGCUGAUGGUUCGUUCGAGGAGCCGGGUCGGGUCAUCCACACAGAGCUCCAGGGAGGACUGGAUGGGCCGGUGUCUCUCACGGCAUACAUCCUUAUAGCGCUUCUGGAGGAUGCUGAAUACAGGAAUGCAUUUGAAGGCAGCAUUUCUUCUGCCGUGAGUUUCCUGACGUCUCGACUGGCUCAGAGAAUCUCCAGUAACUACAGCCUGUCUUUAGUGACCUAUGCUCUGUCACUGGCCAACAGCACCGCCGCCCCAUCUGCCCUCACCGAGCUGUUGAACAGAGCACUAAUUGUUGAUGGAGUGCCAACCUGGAGACCCCCAGCCAACGUCCUGUAUAAUUCCUGGCAGCCAAGUUCAUCAGAUAUUGAGAUGUCGGCCUACGUACUGCUCGCCAUGCACAGACUCAAACUAAUGGAUGAAGGAUUCACUCUGGUGAAGUGGCUCAGUAAGCAAAGAAACCAUCUUGGGGGAUAUGGAUCCACUCAGGAUACAGUGAUGGCGUUGCAUGCAUUGUCAAUCUACGCCACCUUCAGCAGCGCAGAGUCCAUAGAUCUCACCAUCACUGUGAACGGUGCCUCCGGUGCUGCCGCCACAUUCAAUGUAGACAGAUACAAUUAUCUGCUCCAGCAGAGCCAAGACCUGCCCAUCGAAGCAGAAGAGGGGGUUGAUAUUGAGGUGGUGGCAGAAGGUAAAGGCUUUGCUCUGUUUCAGCUUAAUGUGUUCUACAACGUGAUGAACCUAAGAACGUCGCUCAGACGGCGUGACAUACACACAGAUGAGGCCUUUUAUUUGUAUAUAGACGUAAUGGACAAUGAGGAGUUCAGUGUAAACCUUCACAUAUGUUUCAGGCUGAGAGAGGACCAGGGUCUGAGACAGACGGGUAUGGCCAUACUGGACGUGGGUUUACUCUCGGGGUUCAGUUUGGCUCAAAACGGUGUCCAGCUAAAUGAUAUAGUCAGACGAGUAGAGACACCUUCAGGACGAAUUACACUUUAUUUAGACACGGUGACCACAAUGGAAAGGUGCGUUGAAAUAUCCACCACCCUGGAAUUUAAGGUGGUCAAUGUCCAAGAUGCUGUGGUCAUGAUCUACGAUUACUAUGAGCCCAGACGGAGGACAGUGCGGUCCUACACAUCUGAGACAAGACGGGACAUGUCUGUGUGUUCGCUAUGUGGGCCGGAUUGCUCCGAGUGUGGGGUUCGAGACAUCUGGCCGACUGACGGGACGCCGUCCAUUAAUAAACAUCCACUUCUGGCUCUAAGUCUGACCACAGCACUCAUCCUGUCAAUCUGCAACUAG